AUGGCUACAUCCAUAUUCAGUUAUGGUAUCUCUCGCCCCUACCCGUUUGGCUGGUUCACUCCCGCGACCAUUGCCGGGGGCAGCCUCGCUUUGGUACUUUUCUCAUUCUUGAACCUGUUGUCAACCGGAUACUAUCAGAGUGUUGAGUAUGUUACGGACCCAAAUUCAACCAUCACCGCUAGCAAAUGGCUGGACCGUUUCCCUUCAUAUUUCACGGGCCAAAUGAAGGCGUCGUGUCAGGCGGAGGACAUUCAAGUGAACACUAGGUUCUUCACCAACCAAACUGCCCUCACAUAUACCAUCACAGGCGUAUGGACGACACCAGAUGGGACCAGCGCCCUCGUUUCACCAGCCCUUACCUAUCUCAACAACCCCAUCCAGAACUGUCAGGUAAACAACAUACAGAUCGAGUUGGAGUCCGAAGAUCGCAGCGUGACCCAGUAUGGUUGGAAUGCCUGGGGCGAGUAUCUUCAGGCAUUCAUUACCUGCAGCAUUCAAGGGAACGAUGGGACAAUCUUCUUCAAUUUGAGCACAGACUAUGAUUUCGUCCCCGACACGGCUCAGUUCCCCACCGGGAACUACAGCACGCAGGUCGGCCUGUUCAGUUUCGUGACCAGAAACGCGACGACCAAGGCCAGUCUCUGGUGGGGCGAAUCACUGUUAUCUCAGUACUGGUCAUUUGUUUCGUCCGAGAUGCAAACAAUCCGUGGUGAAACGGACAACAACCUCAGGAAAGGCACGAUACACUUCUCCCCACCCAACGCCAGUCGGCCUCUUCGGGAUAUCACCGACCUUGGGUUCUUCAACAUCAACUACCGCUUCAUAUCAAACACCGUUGUCGAAAACGAAUCAGAGACCUGGGGCGGAUCUGGAGUGGACGUCUACGCCCCGUCUGAUGGCCAGACCGUGUCCAGCCUCGCAUCCACCGACACUUCUCCCAACGUCUGGAUCGCUUCCGACAGCCUGGCCAAGGCCUUCUACUCGACAAUCAUGACGGACCUGGGUCAGGUCACUGCCGUGCCGAACAUUCUCACCGACGCGACGGCCCUGCAAUACUUUUCCCGAAACAUCACGGCCAUGCAGAAGUCGACUUUGAAUGCCAUCCCCGGCCCCGCAGAUGACAGUUACGACGCCCUGAAGGACCAAACGGGCCCGCUGGGCACGUCUGCCUCUGUCAUCUCGACGAAAUACUUGUGUCAAGUGCCGAAACGGAAGUCUGCAGGGACCCUUGUUCUGUCCAUCCUCGUGGCCGAUCUCGUCUUCCUGCAGGCGCUGUGGAAGGUCUUCACCUUGUGUACCGACGCUUGGCUGACUCACAAAAAUCCUCGAGGUGCGGAAGACUCAAAUACCUCCUCCCUUCUCUGUCCUGGUUCAAUGGUUCUGGAGCCAGUGAGCUAA